AGCCCCAUGUUCAGGAUCCAGGUCGUUGCGCGCCCGGCCGCUCCGUCCGUGUGAGCAGCUCCGACACGCGCCGUCCGCCGCUUUUUGGCCGGAGGGAGCCCUCGCAGACCCGAGAAGAGUUUGGCGCACACCGGCGCAGCUCCUCGGUGGCCCUUGAGCAGGGCUAGGCCAUCUCGGCCUUUUAUGACUGGUGGACUUCAACUCCCAGAAUUCCUGAGCCAGCCACGCUGAGGGGAAAGGAAGAGGUUUCCAAGCGGAGCCAUGCCUGCUCAGGAAUUCUGGGAGUUGAAGUCCACGCGUCAUAAAAGAGCCGAGGGGGCCUACCCCUGAAGCCUUGGGCAUCGGAAGAGCGGCUCUAUGGUACGAGGUGCGCCAUGGCCGGCUCGCCUGGUCGUUUAACGUUCUGGAGGAACCGCUACGCCGACUUCGUGACGAUCCCGGGCAGGCGUCGCCCGAUGAAAACAAAACUGCCUAUGGUGCUCGCCGACCGCGUCUCGAACCGGCACCUGAAGCUCGGAGAGGCAAGCUGUGUUACAGAGAUGGCAUUGAUGAUGGCUUGUUGGAAGGAGAAUGAAUUCAGUGACAGUGCUUGUGCUAAGGAGAUUAAUACAUUCUUUCAAUGUGCAGCAAAAGCAGAAGCAAAGAAUAAGGAGACAAGUCCAGAAGAAUCUUCGGGAACUCUUGAUUCACACCAAGUCAACAAAUUACUUGGACGAUACCCAAAUAUUCGACAUUAUUAUUAACAAAACUUGUCUCUGCAAAUAUCUGGUUAUUAAAACCUGAAAUUAGAUCGUCUCUGGAAAACUCCCCCCACCCUUGCUUGUUAAAACUGAGGAGAAAUAAUCUUCAGAAUUAUUUCUGAAUAAUUAUUUUAGACUUUGUCUGAAAGGACCUGCUGCCAGUAAGGCCAAAGCUUACAUUUUCUCUGAUGUGAAGAUUCUUCAGACAGAAAAGUUCUUUAUGAUUGUUCAGUUAUUGUCAUGUUGAGUCUUGGGUGAAAUAAAAUCUUAUAAUGAAACAUGCUACAUA